AUGCCACUGACUGCAGAGUCCCCAGCUUCUCUACACAUACUCCAAAAUGUAUCUCUGAUUCUACUUGCGGCCUUCUGUGCACCCUUGUGUAGCGCCAUUGCCAUCGCGAGCUGGCUCCUCUCGCCCUACACGUGGCUGGCAAGCGAGAUCGAGCGCCAGCGCCAAUGGCGAAAGUCAUACGCGCCGGGCUCGCGACGGACAGUCCUGGUGACGGGCGUGGGCAUGAGUAAGGGGUUGGCGAUUGCGCGGGCUUUCUAUCGAGCGGGUCACCGUGUGGUCGGCGCCGACUUCGAGCCCUACGGCGUCCCGGUCUGUGGACGGUUCUCCGCAGCGCUAAGCAAGUUCUACAGGCUUCGGAAACCUGAAGGCGGCUCGACGGGCAGUUCGGCUUACGCUCGCGGUCUCGUGGAUAUCGUUCUACGGGAGAAGGUGGAGUUGUGGAUUAGUUGUUCUGGAGUUGCGUCUGCCGUGGAGGACGGAGAGGCUGCAGAAGCGGUAGAGAAGUUGACGGACUGCAAGGCCGUCCAGUUCGGAGUGGCAAUGACCAGUCUCUUCCACGAGAAACACUCCUUCAUCGAAAACACCAGGAGGAUCGGAUUGAACGUGCCCGAGACGCAUCUCAUCGAAUCCGUAGAAGAAGCGCUGGGAAUCCUGCACCCAGACGCGGCUCCCGCCCCGAAGAAGCGAUUCAUCAUGAAGAGUGUCGGCCUCGACGACUCGAUCCGGGCCGACAUGAGCCUUCUCCCGUUCUCGUCGCAGGCCAAGACCGAGAGACAUGUCAAUAAGCUGCAGCCGUCGCCCGCGAGACCGUUUGUCAUCCAGCAGUUCAUCGACGGCCCGGAGUUCUGCACGCACGCCCUCGUUGUGCGAGGACGUGUGCUGGCCUUCACGGCAUGCGCGUCCGCCGAGCUUCUGAUGCACUAUCAGGCGCUCCCGCCUUCGUCGGACAUGUUCGACGCCAUGUUGCGAUAUACACAGGCGUAUGCUGAGAAGAUGGGUACGCAGAUGUCUGGCCACUUCUCCAUCGACUUCCUCCUGGACCAGAGCAGCAGCAGCCCGGACCCGGAUCUGAUGAACAGGAUCUAUCCCAUUGAAUGCAAUCCUCGCGCGCACACCGCUGUCGUCCUGUUUGCCGACGAGGCUCUGCACAUGGCGGAAGCCUACCUGGCGGUCCUCGACAGCAGCGAAGAGAAGGUCAACACGACACCUCCUCCCAUCGUCGUCCCUGCGCCAAGCGUUGGCUACUACUGGAUCGGACACGAUCUCGUAACUCAUCUGAUCAUGCCCCUGCUCUCCUUCCUGCGUCUCGGAACAGACUUCCGGAGGCUGAGGAACAGCUGGGCCGUGUUCUUCACGCGUGUUCUCUCUUGGCAGGACGGCACGUAUGCGAGUUGGGAUCCGUGGCCGUUCUGGGCGCUGUACACUCUCUACUGGCCGGGGAUCUUCCUGGCUUCGACUCCAGGCUGCGUGGUCGGUGCUGCUAGAUUUCUUUUCUCGUUUGUAUUCAGGGGACUUCGCUAA